GAAGAAAAGAACUUGCUAACUCAUGCUAUUGAAGUUUCUAUAAAUAGAGAGAUUACGAAAUAGUUAGAACUUUCCAGAAGAUGCUAGAAAGUUUCAGAACGAGGCUCAACUACUAUAAGAGUGAAGUACAUGUGCUCGUCAAGCGUCACACAGAAAACGUAAGCCGCGGAAUUCUGAACUAACGUUUAUUAUCUCCUCAGUCAACUUUUUACACCAAAGAUGCCUGGAACCCCAGCUAUAGGAAUCGAUCUUGGUACUACGUACUCGUGCGUUGGUGUAAUGCAACAUGGAAAGGUUGAAAUUAUCGCUAAUGAUCAGGGUAACAGAACAACUCCUAGUUACGUCGCUUUCACCGAAAAUGAAAGACUCAUCGGAGAUGCGGCGAAGAAUCAAGUCGCCCUCAACCCCACGAAUACAGUGUUCGGUGAGUCUUUUUCUCUAGCGUUUUAGCUAAAAUUAAACCUUAGUGCGAGAGAAAUAUUUUUCAUUUUAAAAGUAGAAAUGCUUGCGUGGGUAAAACUUGAAGGGGACGUAAGUUCUUUGUGUCCGCCAUGUUGGUUUUCAAUAUGCUUACGAAAUCAUUUCUGUUCUUGCAGACGCGAAGCGUCUAAUCGGGCGAAAGUAUGACGAGGAGUCUGUCAGAUCGGACCAGAAACACUGGCCUUUCGCGGUGAGUAAUAUUAUCUCCGUGUAAGCUACGCCUGAAUUUGUAAAACGUAAAUUUGGAGUUUCCUCGGCCUCCUCGGGAAGUAGUUCGAUGGUAAUUGUUUUCACUUUCUUUUUCAGGUAAUCAAUGAUGGUGGUCGACCAAAGAUUCAAGUCGAAUACAAAGGCGAGAAAAAGUCCUUCUUUGCGGAAGAGGUAAGCGUGUCUUAGGUUCAUUCGUUUAAAAGUCACAUAGGGAUGGUUUUAUUCGUAUUGCGUAAUCUGACUAGUCGUCAACCACGCGCCUUCAUCGUGUUCAUGUGUAAUUUUUUUGUUCUCUCUUUUAGAUUUCCUCCAUGGUUCUGACCAAAAUGAAGGAAACUGCAGAGGCUUAUCUUGGGUCCAAAGUCACCGAUGCAGUUGUCACUGUUCCGGCAUAUUUCAAUGACUCGCAGAGACAAGCCACGAAGGAUGCUGGUAAGCUGUCAACACGCAACGGCAAUCGACUCCAUUUAACCUGUUGGAAGUAGUUGUGCCUUCUUCUCUGAUACUACUUUCGUUCCUCUACACUUACGUUUGUUUCCAAGGUUAUAAGGAGUGGGCUUUUUGUGGGGGGGGAUUAAAAUUUUUAAGCAUGCGUAGCGGAGAUGUACAAAGUUCACCUUCCACGUGUUUUUUUGCUCUCUCAUUCUCACCCACACCCUUGUGGCGGUAGAAGAAGCAAAUUACGUCACGAGACCGUACGAAGAGAUAAAGUAACUUAACCCUUAGCUCCUAGAUUAGAUUUGUAAUUCUCUUCACUGUUAACCGUACUAUACUUAUAAUGUUAAUUCAGAGAAUUUAGUAUUGGAUCAACUAAUUAUCCCUAAAUUGAUGUUUCCUUUAUUCUCAUCACUUAUCUGGUUGAUAUUGUAAAGAGAAAUUCUUUCUUGGUCACUUGUGGGAGUUGAAGGUAUAAGUUAACUAGGCUUAAUUUUAAAUUCUGAAAAUGAUGGUUUCUUGGUGUGAAGUUACAUUCUCUUAAUCUAAAACGUUUCACCAAUUUGGAGUGCCUAAAAUCUUGAACAUAAAUUUUCUUCAAUGAUUGUAAAAGCUUGAAUGAUUGGCCACCUAACAUGUCUUCAUUGGUGUUGUGAGGAACCAGAUUAAAUGUUAUGCCUUACAAGUUUUGUCAUGAUUAUCGUUUAUUUUGUGUCAUUUUAUUUAUUUUCUUAUGUUUUUUUUCCUCUUUUUUUCCACAAAUUUUGCUUGGAAUGUUUUUUAAGGUAUCUAUGGUUCUCCCUGUUGAUAACCUUUAGCAAGAGAAACAACAACCAACUUCUGUGUUUUAAACUUAUUCCAUGUAUUAACUUUUGUAGGAGUCAUUGCUGGCCUUAAUGUUCUUCGCAUAAUCAAUGAGCCAACUGCUGCCGCCAUUGCCUAUGGUUUGGACAAGAAUGCUGCCAAAACACAGAGCGUCAUGUUCUCAUCUUUGAUCUUGGUGGAGGUACCUUUGAUGUGUCUGUUCUUACAAUUGAUGAUGGCAUCUUUGAAGUGAAGUCAACCUGUGGUGAUACCCAUUUGGGAGGUGAGGACUUUGACAAUCGUAUGGUUGAUUACUUCAAGAAAGAAUUCCAGAAGAAAUAUAAGAAAGAUAUCUCAGGCAACAAGCGAGCCAUGCGACGGUUGAGAACUUCUUGUGAAAGAGCCAAGAGGACCCUCUCUUCUAGUCAUCAGGCCAAUAUUGAAAUAGACUCUCUUUAUGAGGGCAUCGAUUUCUAUGAGCCAUUCAGCCGUGCAAAGUUUGAAAAAGAAAAUGGAGACCUUUUCCGUGCAACUUUGACUCCUGUUGAGAAGGCUCUGAAAGAUGCAAAGUUGACAAAGGAAAAAAUUGAUGAGAUUGUCUUGGUGGGUGGCUCUACUCGCAUUCCCAAAAUCCAAGAGUUACUCAAAGAUUACUUUGAUGGCAAAGAGUUAAACAAGAGCAUUAACCCUGAUGAAGCUGUAGCUUAUGGUGCAGCAGUACAGGCAGCCAUCUUGCAUGGAGACAAGAGUGAAGCUGUGUCAGACCUGCUGCUUCUGGAUGUGGCUCCCUUGUCUCUGGGUAUUGAGACUGCUGGAGGUGUUAUGACAGCACUCAUCCAACGCAACACAACAAUCCCAACAAAGAAAAGUCAAGUCUUCACAACAUAUGCAGACAACCAACCUGCUGUUUUGAUACAAGUGUAUGAAGGUGAACGUGGUAUGACCAAAGACAAUCAUCCACUCGAAAGUUUGAGCUCACUGGCAUUCCUCCUGCUCCUCGUGGUGUUCCGCAAAAUUGAGGUCACAUUUGAUGUUGAUGCCAAUGGAAUUAUGAAUGUUUCUGCAGUGGACAAAAGCACUGGAAAAGAAAACAAGAUUGUCAUCACAAAUGACAAAGGUCGAUUGUCCAAAGAAGACAUAGAGCGCAUGGUGAAAGAGGCUGAGAAGUUUAAAGACGAUGAUGACAAGCAGCGCGACAAAAUUCAAGCCAAGAACUCUCUGGAGAGUUAUGCUUACAACAUGAAGAGUACAAUUGAAGAUGACAAAGUUAAAGACAAGAUCAGUGAAGAUGACAAAACGGUUAUCUCCGAUAAAUGCAAAGAAGUCAUUGAUUGGUUGGAUCAAAGUGAUGGAGCCUCAAAGGAAGAGUUUGAGAGCAAGCAGAAGGAGCUUGAGAAGGUGUGCAAUCCCAUCAUAACCAAGCUCUACCAGGGUGCAGGUGGAGCACCUGGUGGAAUGCCUGGAGGUGGAAUGCCUGGAGGACCAGGUGGCUUCCCUGGAGGACCAGGUGCCACACAGCAAGGAGAAUCCUCAGGUCCCACUAUUGAGGAAGUAGAUUAA